UGAGCAGGACUGGGUGAUGGCUAUGAUGGCAGCAAUUCCUGUUGACUAUCAACAAAGUUUAAUUGAAUUCUCGACAUCUUUGUAUCGAGAAUUAAAUAAGACGGAAAGUGUAUGUAUGUCACCAUAUAGCAUCACGGCGGCGUUUCUGUUGUUAAUGAUUGGAACAAGCGGACGUUCAAAACAACAGAUAUCAUCUGCUCUUUUUCAAAAACUUUUAUUUUCAGAGGAGGAAAAGUUGAAAUAUUACAAGUCACUGAAUAGCUAUAUUAUUCGAAAAGCUGGAGGUAAUGUUAGUUUGGCUAGUGCAAAUAGAUUAUUCGUAAACAAAAGAUACACAGUACUGCAAAAUGUCCGAAAGAAGGCAAAACAAUAUUUUGGAGCCGACAUCAGUUUGAAGGAUUUUACAAACUCCAAGGCAGCUGCAUUCGUAAUGAAUAGAUGGGUAUCAAAAGAGACGGAUGGCAAAAUAAAGAAUUUGAUCAAAGAGGACUGGUUAAAUUCAGCCACUGUAAUGUUGAUAAUAAAUGCAAUUUAUUUUAAAGCCACGUGGAAGAGACGAUUUUCACCCAAAUUGACUAGCAGACAAAACUUUCUGCUCCCUGACAACAAAACGAUUAAAGUUGACAUGAUGCUGAUAAGAUCAAAUGUUCUAUAUUUCCAUGGUUUUGACUUCAAUGCUAUAGCGUUACCAUUCAAGGGUGGAAACUUUGAUAUGGUCUUCAUUUUACCACACGAAAAAGUCGAGCUCCAGAAUAUUGAAGCGAGGAUAUCAUUGGAAUUCCUAUCGGAAAUUUCAUCUGGAUUUAGUAGAGAACAACUAGAUAUCUUUAUUCCAAAAUUUAAGCUACAGUCCGAUUUUGAUUUAACACAAGAACUACGUAAACUUGCAGUAACAGAUAUUUUCGACGAAGUUAAAGCAAACUUUUCAAAUCUUAUUGCUGGGAAGAAACAAGGUGUGUACGUCAAGAUUGCUGUUCAUAAGGUUGUCUUCAACGUGAACGAAGCAGGUGUAGAGGGAGCUGCAGGUACAGGAUUUGGAAUUUUUCUAAGAAAUAGCCCGCCACAAUUUUUGGCAAACAGGCCGUUUUUGUUUUAUGUAAGAGAUAUCAAAUCCGAUCUCAUUUUAUUUAUUGGUCGAUUCUAUCCUCAAGUCAGAUAAUUUAUGAUCGUUAUCAACAAAACAAUAAUACUUUUGAAGAACACUUAAUACCAUCAAUAGCAGUUAAAGCAAUUCAAGGGCCGUUAUAAAAUCAUAAUAUAAUUG